AUGCCAAUAUCCUUUCGCUCACCAAUUAAUUUUUUUAAUGAUAGAAAUCGAUAUUGUUUACUGAUUAUUUUUCAUUUAAUUGAGAGCGUAACGUUCUGGAUAAGAUUUAUUAUUUUAUAUUCAGAUCUAUCAGCGGUAUCUGAUCGUAGUUCGAUAGAUCGAGCAAGUUUAGCGUAUUUAGUACCCAUAUUAUUAAUUGAAUUAUGUAGUUCAUUCAUCGUAUUUUUAUUAAACUGUCUUUAUUUGAUAACUAAAUGUUGUAGUAACAACUUGUUUGAUCCUGGUGAUCAACUGAACAUUUGCUGCCGACGUCGAACACUAUGGCGUAUAUCAACAAUGACUUGUUUUAAAUUUUAUUGUUAUCAUGAACAUCCACAGGCAAUAUUAUUAACACGUCUUUUUAUUUUAUUCUUGUCAUUUUUUUUGCGAUUUAUUGCAUUUGUCCUUGGUGCAUCGUGCGCUAGUCGUUACAAUCCACGAGCAGUGGCUUAUACCGUUACUAGUAGUUUAUCAUUGCCAUCGUCGACAAUGACUCUUGUGACUGAAACAGCUCAUUUUUUUCGUCUAUGGACAUAUUCACCCAAUAAUCAAUACAAUACUCCUGGAUACCAAACAUAUCGUUCCCAUUUACGUUUUAUUCCAUAUGGAAUAGUUAAUGAUCAACAAACAACAGAGUGGAAUGCAUCACUAUGUGAUUUAACAAACUGUGAAUCAGAAAGUUUACAUCAUCUUCUGUUGUACCAUUCAUUGGCUGUGCCACGACAGAUACCUGUUAUAAACGAUAAUCAGAUUGUUAUUGCUUUCUAUCAAACAACUAAAAAUGAUGCCUAUAAAAUAGCUCGUGAUGGAUUCACAGUGACAGGCCCAAGAACUUUAACACUUGCACCUGAUGUUUAUUUUACUAUAUCGAUUGAACGAAGUAGGCAUAGAAACGGUGCUAUUAUUUGUGCUAGGAUCAACGUUGGCCGCGUAGUCACACUCAAAGGACUUAAUAUGGUACCGUUAGAAAGCUUUUCAGUACAUGCAACCGAUUCUGUCUAUCAUCAACCUUCGGGAAAAAUUCAAAUACGAACUGCAAAACAAAUAGACAAAUGGAUAAUAACAAUACGAGACCAAACAGAAGAUAGGUUUGACGCUGGCAUGUACAAAGGAUGUAUAUAA